CGGUUUGGUUGCCGAAUCCGAACCACUUGCGCUCAUCAGGUGCGGAGCCUGAGCUUGACCACAAGGACGCAGGUUGUGGAGAUGAUUAGUCUACUAGACAAGAAAAUCUGGUUGUUCGGCCGGGGUUGUUCUCUUACUACUGGACUGUUGGCGUCCUAUCGGGCGGUGCUGAAGACAAUUCUUGGGGAGAUGAAGAUGAGGGCGGCGAACAUCGGUUUGACACAUGUUGCUCUUCCGGAGGAGACACCAUACCCUGGAGCUGAGUUGUACGAAGUCUAUUCCUUAGGCUGCGGGAUGCUUGUUGCUUUUUAAAUUAAGUAUACACGCCAAGAGUAGAUUUAUAUACCCACCCAGAAUAUCAGACAUUAC